UUCCUUAUAUGAACUGUAACUCAGUAAAAUCUUUGAAAUUGUUGCAUGUUGCGUUUGUUUUUAUUUAGUGUAGUCUUAAGUGGCUUUUACAUUAACAGCACUUUGUGAUGAGCACAAUUUUGUUAAUUGUCACUUCACCUCCAUCCACAGGAGUGGUGACCUGUGUGUGAACAGAGACUGUCUCCUGCAUCUCUUCCGGUGGUGCAGGAGGUGUGGAUUUGAGUGCAAGGUCAGCUUGCAGGGCCAACAGAGGAGCUUCUCUGUCAUUCAGAUGUGCCCAAUAUGCAGUCACACCAGGAAGUGGAUGAGCCAUCCUUUUGUUGCUGAGGAAACGUCUGGAGAAAGAGAGACGGAGCUACUGGAUGGAGAGGAACCAUGUAAGGACAGAGACCAGGAUGACAGUUGUUCGUUGACGAUGGAAAUCACUGAGGAGAUGUGUGACUAUGAUGAGGAAGUCUGUCCUCGGAGGAAAAGGGGAAAGGAGAGAUCAGAUGAGAGAUCAGAUGAGACCGAGUGGGAGCCGUCUGAUGAGGAAGACAUUGUAAUGGACUCUGAUUCUUCUGAGGAUUUGGAAACGGCAGGUUCCUCUGGUCUAACAGAAAAGGCCGACUUUGAUAAUUCUCAGAGCGGAAUAGAGAAAGAGAGACUUGUGGAGUGGUGUACUGACUGUGGAGCCGAGCCCGUACUCGCCUGCACCACACAGCGCCAUAAGAAACUGUACGCCUGUGGUGUGUGUGUGAGUGAGGUCCAACAAGCUGUUGGAUUUGACCGAUUCUACAUGCAGUUCGAGGACCCGGACAGCUUCAAGGAACAUGUACGACGGGAACACAACACACAACCUCAUCGGUUGCUCUGUACAGACUGCAGCAAGCGUCACAUCAAGAAGGAUAAUUUGUGUGUGUACAAGAUUAAGAAGCUCCGUUGUCGAGAUUGUAGUAAACGCCGUCUGAGUGAACAGGGUCUGUGGAGUCACAGACGUCUCCAUCAGAAAGGCUGUGUUUACCCAUGUAAGUUCUGCCUCAAGCCAUUCAGGACCAAACAGGCCAAGCUUACCCACGAGGAGAACCAUCGGCAUCCGUAUCAUUGCUCAGAAUGCUCAGAAAGAUUCAAGAACAUUAGACUACGGAACAGACACCUUCAGAGCCACAGAGGUCCAACGACAGCCGUCCACAGUGGCCAGAAGCCCCACAAGUGCCAGCUGUGCCGACGCUCGUAUGCCCAGCCGAGCCACCUCAAGUCCCACAUGCGCCUCCACACAGGGGAGAGGCCCUUCAAGUGCCAGCAGUGUGAGAAGUGCUUCAAUUACAGCGUCAGUCUGAAGAACCACAUCCAACUCUAUCAUGGCCCCGGCUCUCAGGAGCAGGAGAGUUGGGAGACAAAAUGUGGGACGGAGCAGGAGAGAGAGCAGGAGAGAGAGGAGGAGAGAGAGCGCAAGCGUCACUUUAAGAAGGAUAAUUUGUGUGUGUACAAGAUCAAGAAGCUCUGCUGUCUAGACUGUGGUAAACGCUGUCUGAGUGAACAGGGUCUGAAGUGUCACAGACAUCUCCACCAGAAAGGCAGUGUUUACCCAUGUAAGUUCUGCCUCGUGCCAUUCAAAACCAAACAGGACAAGCUUACCCACGAGGAGAACCAUCGGCAUCCUUAUCAGUGCUCGGAAUGCUCAGAAAGAUUCAAGAACAUUAAUCUACGGGACAGACACCUUCAGAGCCACAGAGGUUCAAAGAGAUACAUUUGUGACAUCUGCGACAAACGUUUCUUCCAGCUUAAACACCUCCAGAAACAUACAGCCGUCCACAGUAGUCAGAGACCCCACACGUGCCAGCUGUGCCAACGCUCGUUCACUGAAAAGAGACACCUCAGGGCCCACAUGCGCUCCAAGUGCCAGCAGUGUGAGAAGUGUUUCAAUCGCAUAGUCCAUCUGAAGAUCCACAUCCAACGGCAUCAUGGCCCCGGCUCUCAGAAGCAGGGAAAGGGAGGGGGAGAGUCAGGAACUAAACUCUAGUACUGAGCAGGAGAGAGAGUAGGAGGGGAAGAGUCAGGAACUAAACUCUAGUACUGAGCAGGAGAGAGAGUAGGAGGGGGAGAGUCAGGAACUAGACUCUAGUACUGAGCAGGAGAGAGAGUAGGAGGGGGAGAGUCAGGAACUAGACUCUAGUACUGAGCAGGAGAGAGAGUAGGAGGGGGAGAGUCAGGAACUAGACUCUAGUACUGAGCAGGAGAGAGAGUAGGAGGGGGAGAGUCAAGAACUAGACUCUAGUACUGAGCAGGAGAGAGAGUAGGAGGGGAAGAGUCAGGAACUAAACUGUAGUACUGAGCAGGAGAGAGUAGGAGGGGGAGAGUCAGGAACUAAACUCUAGUACUGAGCAGGAGAGAGAGUAGGAGGGGAAGAGUCAGGAACUAGACUCUAGUACUGAGCAGGAGAGAGAGUAGGAGGGGGAGAGUCAGGAACUAGACUCUAGUACUGAGCAGGAGAGAGAGUAGGAGGGGAAGAGUCAGGAACUAAACUCUAGUACUGAGCAGGGGAGAGAGUAGGAGGGGGAGAGUCAGGAACUAGACUCUAGUACUGAGCAGGAGAGAGAGUAGGAGGGGGGGAGUCAGGAACUAGACUCUAGUACUGAGCAGGGGAGAGAGUAGGAGGGGGAGAGUCAGGAACUAAACUCUAGUACUGAGCAGGAGAGAGAGUAGGAGGGGAAGAGUCAGGAACUAGACUCUAGUACUGAGCAGGAGAGAGAGUAGGAGGGGGAGAGUCAGGAACUAGACUCUAGUACUGAGCAGGAGAGAGAGUAGGAGGGGAAGAGUCAGGAACUAAACUCUAGUACUGAGCAGGAGAGAGAGUAGGAGGGGGAGAGUCAAGAACUAGACUCUAGUACUGAGCAGGAGAGAGAGUAGGAGGGGGAGAGUCAAGAACUAGACUCUAGUACUGAGCAGGAGAGAGAGUAGGAGGGGGAGAGUCAAGAACUAGACUCUAGUACUGAGCAGGAGAGAGAGUAGGAGGGGGAGAGUCAAGAACUAGACUCUAGUACUGAGCAGGAGAGAGAGUAGGAGGGGGAGAGUCAAGAACUAGAUUAGUACUGAGCAGGAGAGAGAGUAGGAGGGGGAGAGUCAAGAACUAGACUCUAGUACUGAGCAGGGGAGAGAGUAGGAGGGGGGGAGUCAGGAACUAGACUCUAGUACUGAGCAGGAGAGAGAGUAGGAGGGGGAGAGUCAGGAACUAGACUCUAGUACUGAGCAGGAGAGAGAGUAGGAGGGGGAGAGUCAGGAACUAAACUCUAGUACUGAGCAGGAGAGAGAGUAGGAGGGGGAGAGUCAGGAACUAAACUCUAGUACUGAGCAGGAGAGAGAGUAGGAGGGGGAGAGUCAGGAACUAAACUCUAGUACUGAGCAGGAGAGAGAGUAGGAGGGGGAGAGUCAAGAACUAGACUCUAGUACUGAGCAGGAGAGAGAGUAGGAGGGGGAGAGUCAGGAACGAGACUAUAGUACUGAGCAGGAGAGAGAGUAGGAGGGGGAGAGUCAGGAACUAAACUCUAGUACUGAGCAGGGGAGAGAGUAGGAGGGGGAGAGUCAGGAACUAAACUCUAGUACUGAGCAGGGGAGAGAGUAGGAGAGGGAGAGUCAGGAACUAGACUCUAGUACUGAGCAGGAGAGAGAGUAGGAGGGGGAGAGUCAGGAACUAAACUCUAGUACUGAGCAGGGGAGAGAGUCGGAGGGGGAGAGUCAAGAACUAGACUAGUACUGAGCAGGAGAGAGAGUCGGAGGGGGAGAGUCAGGAACUAGACUCUAGUACUGAGCAGGAGAGAGAGUAGGAGGGGGAGAGUCAGGAACUAGACUCUAGUACUGAGCGGGGGAGAGAGUAGGAGGGGGAGAGUCAGGAACUAGACUCUAGUACUGAGCAGGAGAGAGAGUAGGAGGGGGAGAGUCAGGAACUAAACUCUAGUACUGAGCAGGAGAGAGAGUAGGAGGGGGAGAGUCAGGAACUAAACACUAGUACUGAGCAGGAGAGAGAGUAGGAGGGGAAGAGUCAGGAACUAGACUCUAGUACUGAGCAGGAGAGAGAGUAGGAGGGGGAGAGUCAGGAACUAGACUCUAGUACUGAGCAGGAGAGAGAGUAGGAGGGGGAGAGUCAGGAACUAAACUCUAGUACUGAGCAGGGGAGAGAGUAGGAGGGGGAGAGUCAGGAACUAGACUCUAGUACUGAGCAGGAGAGAGAGUAGGAGGGGAAGAGUCAGGAACUAAACUCUAGUACUGAGCAGGAGAGAGAGUAGGAGGGGGAGAGUCAGGAACUAAACUCUAGUACUGAGCAGGAGAGAGAGUAGGAGGGGGAGAGUCAGGAACUAGACUCUAGUACUGAGCAGGAGAGAGAGUAGGAGGGGGAGAGUCAGGAACUAAACUCUAGUACUGAGCAGGAGAGAGAGUAGGAGGGGGAGAGUCAAGAACUAGACUCUAGUACUGAGCAGGAGAGAGAGUAGGAGGGGGAGAGUCAGGAACUAGACUCUAGUACUGAGCAGGAGAGAGAGUAGGAGGGGGAGAGUCAGGAACUAGACUCUAGUACUGAGCAGGAGAGAGAGUAGGAGGGGGAGAGUCAGGAACUAAACUCUAGUACUGAGCAGGGGAGAGAGUAGGAGGGGGAGAGUCAGGAACUAAACUCUAGUACUGAGCAGGGGAGAGAGUAGGAGGGGGAGAGUCAGGAACUAGACUCUAGUACUGAGCAGGAGAGAGAGUAGGAGGGGGAGAGUCAAGAACUAGACUCUAGUACUGAGCAGGAGAGAGAGUAGGAGGGGGAGAGUCAGGAACUAGACUCUAGUACUGAGCAGGAGAGAGAGUAGGAGGGGGAGAGUCAGGAACUAGACUCUAGUACUGAGCAGGGGAGAGAGUAGGAGGGGGAGAGUCAGGAACUAGACUCUAGUACUGAGCGGGGGAGAGAGUAGGAGGGGGAGAGUCAGGAACUAGACUCUAGUACUGAGCAGGAGAGAGAGUAGGAGGGGGAGAGUCAGGAACUAAACUCUAGUACUGAGCAGGGGAGAGAGUAGGAGGGGGAGAGUCAGGAACUAAACUCUAGUACUGAGCAGGAGGGGGAGAGUCGGAGCACCAUUUGAAUUGGGUGGUUUUCCUGACUGACUACAAUACAGUCACUUUCCACUGUUCCAAGGCCGUCAUUGAAAAUAACAAUUUGUUCUUUAACUGACUUGCCAAGUUAAAUAAAGGUAAAAAAAUAAAUAAUAAUGGGGAAAUAAACAAUGAUGAUCAACUCAAAGUUUGCUGGAGUUUGUUAUAUUUUCCAUCUUCUCUGCUACAGCGCUGUGAAAUCAGCGAGAUUUACCGGGGUCCAAAUCUCACAACAACAAAAAAAAAAUGUACAAAUAAAAAGACCUCCAUUUAUUGGACCCAAUAAUCACAAAUCGUAAUUUAUUAUUUCAAGAUGCGUUCUGUUUCUCUGACCCUCCCCUUUUCAUGCUAUUUUAGGAGGUAUUGAGGCUUAUUGUUGAGUAGUGGUUAUUUGUAAGUAGGUACUCUGUCAAGGUGUGUAAAUGAAAUAAAUAUGCAAUCCAUGUAAU